ACCGGUCGAUUAAUUAACAGCACUCAACCUUUUACCAACUGUUAACUAGCACCAUGAAUUUAAGAACACAAGUGGCCCAGUUCUUAGCGUUGGCAUACGUGUUUUCCGGUGCCUAUAUGACGUGGAAGACGUUGGGAGUCGUUGCAAAUACGCAUUCGCCCAUAGUGGUGGUGUUGACUGGAUCCAUGGAACCUGCGUUCCAAAGAGGUGAUGUGUUAUUUUUGUGGAACAGGCAGAAGUCCAAUUCAGUCGGCGACGUGGUGGUGUACGAGACCUCCACCAAGGAUAUUCCCAUCGUGCACAGAGUGGUGCGGGAACAUCAUAAUCAGGAUAAGCAGUAUUUGUUGACCAAGGGUGACAACAACGCGGUGGAUGACUUGAGUUUGUAUGGCAGGAAAAAGAGUUACUUGACACAAAGUGAUUUGGUGGGCACAGUUAAGGGCUACCUUCCGAAGGUGGGAUACGUGACGAUUUUGUUGACGGAGAAUCAAUAUUUUAGGUUUGGAGUUUUCGGGUUGAUGGCAUUAUCUGCGUUGCUCCAGUCAGAGUAGUAGCAUUAAUAUAUGAAUGAAACACGAGGCAGUCAGAGACACCGACGGAAUCCUUAGUGUUUAAGGAUUUGUCAUUGGGACUAACAGAUCAG